CCAUUAAUCAGCAGUUUCAAUUCUCACUCUCACUCACAUCAUCUAUUCUAAAAUUAAAUAACAAAUAAAACACCGAAAUCCUCUUUCACUGUCAGUUCUCAACAGCCAAUAGGCGCUCUCUAAUCUAAGCCAGCCAACUUACCAAGUUUCAGGAGGGUGUCGGAGACAGAUAAUUGCAGGUUUCAGUUGAAAAGGAAAUAGGAUCUUUGUCUGAAUUCCAUCUUUUAACCAUUUUCUCUAUAGAUCCUUUCUCUGAUAAUUGAGUGCCAUAAAGGUUGCUUUUGACAAGCAUUUCUUUAAAUCCUUGGACCAUUGUGGAAAUUGAAAUAAUAGAUAUAGAUAGCGAUUAUUAUACCAAAUUAUCUUGUUAAAAUUCACAAGAGGAUGUCAUUUACACCUUUGGUCUUGCAACCCAACCUAUCAUAUUAUUCUCCAACCUUCACUUGCUGUUCAAAACCCUCUUUUAGGUCGAGAGAGAUGCCCCAGAAGGUCCUCGGAUCUAAUUUCAGUAGAAGAAGAGUAGGAGGAAUAGCAGCAAUGGUGUCGAUACUAUUGGCACAAGAAGUGAUUUUUGGUCAAGAGGUUGCAGAGGGAUAUGAACUUAAGAUGGUAGCACCUGGUCAAGCAUUUGAAGAGGCAAUGAGUAAAAUCAGAGGUCAUGCACAAGCUUUGUUACAAAUAAAAUCUCUAAUUGAGUCAGAGUCAUGGGGUGAAGCACAAAAGGUCCUAAGGAAGAACUCAGCCUACCUGAAACAGGACAUAUAUACCAUAAUCCAAGGCAUACCUGGAAAUGAGAGGCCCCAACUAAGGAAGCUGUAUUCCAAUCUCUUCAAUAAUGCCACCAGGCUAGAUUAUGCGGCAAGGGACAAAGAUGCAUCACGUGUCUGGCAGUGCUAUGAUAACAUUGUUGUGGCCCUCAAUGACAUUUUAUCUAGGAUAUAGUCAGAAGGUGCUUUUCCUUUUUCCUUCUUUCCGUUUUAAGAUUCUUGUCCUUUGAAAUAUGAAAUAAUGGGACCUUAAACUGGUUUGUCUAAAAUGAGCUCAUUUUGGCUAGACUUGUAGGAUUCAGAGAGAUAUGUCUGAUUGGUCUUGUCAAAAACAUGCUAUAAUAGGUUGUUACCUUUUUGUAAAAGCUAAGCCUUGAAAAGAAUAUUAUGAAAUUUGGCCUGCUGAAUUAUUGGUUGGUAUCUCAUAUCUGUUUUG